AAAGCCUCUGGUGCUCGUUCCGAUCUUUUAUCUUCAAUUAUGCAAGGUAUUGCCCUCAAACCAGCUGAAGAACGUAAAAUUCCUGAACCAACAAGCAAAAAAGAAGAAGCUGCUGCUCUUAAUGUAGCUGAUAUCCUUGCUAGACGUAUUGCAUGGGCUGCUUCCGAUUCUGAAGAUGAUUCUGAUUCUGAUUCUGAUUCUGAAUGGGAUUAA